CGCAAAAUGAAAUCAGAACCCCGUUCCCGACUCAUUAUUGCUUAUACAUUUUUCGCUUUUCUUUUCCUUCUUUCUUUCCUUCUCCACUUCUUUUCCUCUUUAGUUUAAUUCAACCUACUUUCCUUUUUGUACACACGCAUUACAAUAAAAAUAGUUUAUUGGCUAUGGAUGGAGGCUCGUCGCCAUCAUUGGACUGGUCCAAUGUAUUAACUGCUUCCAUCUUUGUAUUCUUUACCGCAUGGAUCAGUCAUUCCUGGGGCUUACGGUUAGGUUUUCCGCUGAUCAUAUCAAGUAUACGAUGCGUAUUGCAGCUCACACUGAUGGGCCUUGUCCUCGACGACGUGUUAAAUGUCAAUAAUGCCACGCCAGUAAUGCUGAUCACAGUUGCUUUGGUACUUGUUGGAUCGUACGAAACUGUGUUCCAUCGUACUAGCAGGACGCUUAAAGGACUGUUCCCGAUCAUCUUUCUGGUUCUGCUGAUUAGCAAUGGCGUGGUAUGUUUUCUGGGCGUGACGCUUGCAUUGAACGAAUCACCCUUUUGGAAACCGGUUACUUUUAUUCCCGUGAUGGGUAUGUUGCUCGGCAACUCGAUGGGCAGUGUUGCCAUGGCCACUGGUGUAUGCAUUGAAUCUAUAGCGCUUCAUGCAUCGGUUAUAGAAACGCGAUUGUCAUUUGGCGCCUCGCGAUACGAAGCAGUCAAAUCAUUGGCAAUACAAGCUAUUCGUAUGUCCAUGCUGCCAUCGCUAACACAGCUGAGCGUGAUGGGCAUGAUAAACAUACCUGGGAUGAUGACUGGCCAAAUCUUGGCCGGAACGCCCGUACAACAGGCUGUUAUAUAUCAAGAAGUAAUCAUGUUCAUGGUCUCGGCGAGCUGCGGGUUCGGUGUGCUGAUGACUGUUUGUGUAAGUUACGGUGUCUCCUUUUCGUGUGUGUGGUGUGUUUUUAUUUGUUUGCUUCACAGAAAGAGGAAUGUUCAGAGGAAAAGAGAGUUUAGUAACUCGAAAUCUAUUUUCUUAGGCAUGUAUGCUGUUGCUUGUUGAUGGGCAUCAUGCAAUACGUAAAGAUAGGAUUGUAGAAGCCCAUCCGGAAUUUAUACGAAUAGCAUGUCGCCGAGUGUUUUAUGGCAUUCAGUGGCUCGUACGAUCUUGCUGUCGAUCUGGUCCUCGUCGACGUCACCAUGAGUGAUUAGUUAUCACCUAAAAAAACGCAUAGUAGCAUACCCUUAUUUACCUCCUACACCGCCCAUUUACACUCACACACACCACCCUCUGCAUUUUACACUCUAACUCGUAUUUUUUUUCCUUUUAGCAUUUUGAGCAUUUCGAGUUAAUCAUUUGCAUGUAGAUUAGAAGUAUUGUCAUUUUGCCGUUUGUUUUUUCAUUUUGCAGUAACAGUAAUAAUGAUUAAUAUAACAUUCAAAAGAAAUUCUAUUCUUUCCAAUUGGUGUAUCAGCGCUAGGCCAUGAAACUUAACCAAUCCCCG